AUGUCAAGUGGAAAGGAGUUAACCUUGUCUGAACAGGAACCACAACUGCUCAUCCAUGCUCGGGUUGCCUCUGGGGAGUCUGAACAGUCGCGAUGCAUGGAUGUCAAAAGGACUGGUGCAUGGUUGUUUUUCCUUUUGGAAGUUGAAAGUAAAGUUGCUGAGCUUUUACUCGUCUCCUUUCUCCCUUCCCCGCUUCUUCCAAACACAGACCCUGUACUUGCGCUAUUCCCAUCGUUGGUGGCUCACCAGACCCCAGCUGUCCUCGAAAUGUGUGCUACAACAAUCUGUUUCAUUAUGGAGAGAAAUUGUCGAGUGAGGAGCCUGGCUCAUCUCUUAGGUAGUGUGGAAAUGGCCUACAGAACAGAUGUUAAACUUUACACCUCCGGACACUUAAAUCAUAACAAGAUUUAUAAGCCUUCAGAGAAAAUAAAACAAGGACUAUGGUACUCUGCCAGGAAACAAACUAGUUUCAUGACAGAAGGAAAUCAAUUCCCAGCUGACAAUGAGAGAGCAAGGAAGAUGAAAGAUUUUUCAGGUAACUUCUGUUCCAGCAUCCCUCUGCUUCCAGCCCAGGCUGAAUCUUCCUGCCCUAACAACAGACGUCCACAGUCACCUGUGACUGGUGUUGGUGCCUCAGCAGAUUUUUCUACUCCACUGGAAAUGUUAAAGUUGAAAGCACUUAAAAAGAAAGUAGAGGAGGGACCUGACAGACUUUGUAUGCGUCUCAAAAGAGAUGAGUUAGAUGUGUCAGAGAUUAUGGUGUUGAAAAACAAACCCAGCCGACACUGUGUUGUGGAGCUUGCCAACGAGGAAUACCAGUUCGUACCUUCAUACUUAGCUGGUGUAACUAAAACUGAACAGUUUAACAAAUUCCUACAUUUCCAGGAGUUCAUAGCAAAGCAUGAACUGUUACAGAAUGAUUUCACAGGGAGCAAAGUACCAGAGCAGCAUGAAAGAAAGCUAGCUAAGGAGCUCCAGAAAAUCUGUGGCUGUGAUCCCCUCCAUUUCAAGCAACUACAGGUUGUUGAGGAAGUAUUUGAAAAUAUAUGCAACAGCUCUCUGAUAUUUGGUGAUAUUCUGACAGAAAUUAAGGCGAUGGCUGGUUUCUUCCUCAUUUUUGCUCCUUCUCCCACUGUACACAGUGAGUAUGAGCUGUACAUGAUGUUUCUGGACUCUCUGCCUAUAACACAGUACAAGGCUCUGAAGGCUCAGGUCAAAGGGAUGGAGACAAAGCCUUCAAAGGCUCCAAAAAUACAGGCACUCAGGAAAGAUGUACAAGUUCUCAUGAAGAAAGCCAGUACUGCUCUGGAAAGAAACAAAGAACCGAAGACUGAAUUAGAAAUGGUGCCACAGAUGAGCCAGUGCAGGACAGUGCUGAGUCAAGCAGAAAAGAAAUGUGGCACAAAUUAUGAAACAUGCAGCAGACAUGAGACAAAGAGGAUAGCACAAAAACCGCUUUCUGUUUCUGAACAGCUUGAAUCUAUGAGGUGUAAAGUUCUCGAUAAAGGGGAGGAAAUGAACAUACUAGAGCCUGAGAAGAAAGAAACAAUGGUUCAUGCUGGGACAGUGGAUAUCAUGGAAAACACUCUUAAAGAAAUAGAGGCUGAAACUAGGAAAAUCAACUCAUCAAACACGUUUCUCCAAGGCCAAAUAAAAGAAGUUGAAGGAAAUAUCACAGAAAUUUUAGAUAAAUUGAGAAUCACUCAGGAAAAUCAAAGGAAGGUGUGGAAGCUAAUAGAGGGAGUCUUGUUACCUGAAAAUGAAGAAUGA